AUGAUCAUAGAAAAGAAAAGAACACGGAAAAUCCCCUUACUCACCAAAAUGGGCUCCGACUGUGUUAUUCCUGCGGAGGCAGCAGGAAGGGCUGCUAUAUAUACAGCAGCUCCCACCACAGCGGAUGGAUCUCUUAACCCUCCCCAAUAUUUCAUUGGAUAGAUCAUCUUCUAUGAGGACCGCGGCUUCCAGGGCCGAUCCUAUGAAUGCAACAGCGACUACCCCAACCUGCAGGCCUACUUCAACCGUUGCAACUCCAUCCGGGUAGAAAGUGGCUGCUGGAUGAUAUAUGAGCGCCCCAAUUACAUGGGCCAUCAGUAUUACCUUCGGAGGGGCGAGUAUCCAGACUACCAGCAGUGGAUGGGAUUCAACGACUCCAUCAGGUCCUGCCGUUUCAUUCCCCAACAGACUGGCUCUCAUAGGAUGAAACUGUAUGAGAGAGAAGAAUACAAAGGUCUAAUGUCAGAGCUCACCGAUGACUGCUCUUGUGUCCAUGACCGUUUCCGAUUGAAUGAAAUCCACUCGUUCAAUGUGCUAGAAGGCUGCUGGGUCCUCUAUGAGAUGCCCAACUAUAGAGGAAGGCAGUUCCUGCUGAGACCUGGAGAGUACAGGAGAUACAUGGACUGGGGAGCCAUGAAUGCCAAGGCAGGCUCUUUAAGACGGGUUGUAGAUUUAUACUAA